AUGGCCCUCGCCCCAGAGCUCGCGACCUUCGCCGCGGGCUGCUUCUGGGGCGUCGAGCACAUCUUCCUCCAACACUUCCCCAUCGCGCAGGACAAGGGCGUCCUGCGCACGCGCGUCGGGUUCACGGGCGGGAAGCCCGAGGCCGUCGAUCCUGACUAUCCGACGGUGUGUACCGGGCGCACCGACCACGCCGAGGCGCUCCAGAUCGAGUUUGACCCGGACAAGGUCGGGUAUGGCGAGCUUGUUGAGUUCUUCUACAGGACGCACGAGCCGACGACGCUCAACUCCCAGGGCCGUGACACCGGCACGCAGUACCGCUCCGCGAUCUUCUACCACUCCCCCGAGCAGCUCCAGAUUGCAAAGCGCGUCACGGACGACGUCCAGAAGAAGCAUUUUGACCCUAUCGGCAAGAAGAUCGUCACCCAGAUCGUACCCGCUGGGCCGUGGUACGACGCCGAAGACUACCACCAGGAGUACCUCCACAAGAACCCAUCGGGGUACCACUGUCCCACGCAUCGCCUGCAUUGGUGA